AUGGAGAACCUUUACAAUGACAUGGAAGAAUAUGGCAAGAUAUGCCAACUGUACACCGAGAAAAAACAAAAAAAGGAAAAAAAAGCGAACAACAUUAAUGAUCUAGUAGAUGAAGACAUACUAUGGAUGUACGAAACGAAGGAAGAGAAGGAGGCCAAGGAACAGGAAGAAUAUUUAUUGGGGAAAAGAAUUGAUAUGCAAAAGUUAAUCGAACAAGAGGAUGAAGCCAAGAAGGAACUCGUAAAACAAAAAAAUAAUAUAGACCAUUUGAACAAAAUCAGAGAAGAUCCACUAACUAUUAUUAAAAAAAUGGAAUUUCAGAAGAAGAAAAUGAUGGAUGAGCAAAAGAGACUCUUGCAGUUGCAGCGCGCUAGAGAAAUUCCCGAAGCUAACGACAUAAAUAGACAAGUCGGCAAAUCAGGCAGCAGCUCGUCAAGUGAAGAGGAUUUCGUCCGAUCAAGAGAAAAGGAGAAAGACAGGAAGAAAAGAAGGAGAGAAGAAAAAGAAAUGGAAAAAAGACGAACGAAAAAAAGAAAAGAAAGGAAGGAAGAGAGUAAGGAAAGAAAGGAAGAAAGAAAAAGAGAAAAGAAACGAAAGGAAAAAAAAAAACAUAAAAAGGAAAGGAAAGAAAGACAAGUCAAAUCAGGCGCAAAUUCCGAAUCGGAAGUGGAAAGGAGAAUGAGAAAAUCGAGAAAGAGGGAUCGCGGGAGAAGUGAUGAAUCAGCCAAGGAAAGACUUCGAGAUGCAUCUCGAUAUCGGAAAAGAAGAAGAGGGGAAAGCACUGAACGCGGAAGUGAAACUGAUAGUGGAUGUGACAGCGAAAGCGGCAGUGGUAGCGAUCGUCAUCGUCCCAGAUUUACAAAGUCGAAAAAGAAAAGGGAAGAAAAAAGUGACAAUGAAUAUAGCAGUGAUAGUAGAAGUGACCUUCGCGAUGGGCGCGGUAGGAAGGAAGAAAAGCAGCGACGAAUGGAAUGGGAACGCGAGAGGCGAGAACGAUGGGAACGACCGCGAGGAAUAGAUGAAUAUAGAGACAGGAAAAGUGAUAGCGAACGCCAAAGAAAAAGGUGGAGACAAGAGCGAUAA